CGGGGCGGAGCUACGGCACGACGCCUUUCCGGAUUGGACGCGCGCUAAAUCCCGGGGCGGGCAUUAGAAGCCGAACGCUCUUGGGGACUGGCCACUCUGGCGAACGGACGUGCGGCGGCGCUACUAGUUCGCCCGCGGCCCCGGCUAGGAGGAGGCUGGGCCCCUGUUCGCGGGUCUGCCGUCCGUCAUUGGCUCCCUGCGGUUUCCUUGGGGACGUGGCGCCGCCGCUCGCCCAGGCCUCUUUCCGGCUGGGCGAAAGGCCGCGGGGAAGCGCUCUGGACCGGGCGGAACGUUGCCGAGGGAGCCUGCGGGCCGCUCGACCUGCUGCAGACUUAGGAGAUGCCUGAGACAAGGAGACCAAUUUCUCAGGGCAAAAAGAAAAGGAGGUGACAGGCACUGAGACCGCUGAAGGGAUCCCAUGGCUAGGAUCAGUUUUUCCUACCUCUGCCCAGCCUCUUGGUACUUUACUGUGCCCACAGUGAGUCCAUUUCCACGUCAGCGGGUGGCAUUCCUAGGACUCUUCUUCAUAUCCUGUCUCCUUUUACUUAUGUUAAUCAUGGACUUUCGACAUUGGGGUGCUUCAUUACCACGAGAUAGGCAAUAUGAAAGGUAUUUGGCACGAGUCGGGGAGCUUGAAGCGACUGACACUGCAGACCCAACUCUGAAUUACGGACUUGUUGUGGACUGUGGCAGCAGUGGCUCUCGGAUUUUUGUUUAUUUCUGGCCAAGACAUAAUGGCAACCCCCAUGAUUUGCUGGACAUCAAACAGAUGAGAGACCGCAACAGCCAGCCAGUCGUUAAAAAAAUCAAGCCAGGAAUCUCUGCAAUGGCAGACACCCCAGAACAUGCCAGUGAUUACCUUCGUCCUCUGCUGAGCUUUGCCGCAGCGCACGUGCCUGUGAAGAAGCACAAGGAGACACCCCUCUACAUCCUCUGCACUGCAGGCAUGCGGCUUCUCCCCGAGAGAAAGCAGCUGGCCAUUUUGGCUGAUCUAGUGAGAGAUUUACCGCUGGAGUUUGACUUCCUCUUUUCUCAGUCUCAGGCAGAAGUGAUCUCUGGGAAGCAGGAAGGAGUUUAUGCAUGGAUUGGAAUCAACUUUGUUUUGGGAAGAUUUGACCAUGAGGAUGAAUCCGAUGCCGAAGCUCCCCAGGAACUGGCAGCAGGGCGCAGAAGAACAGUAGGGAUACUGGAUAUGGGAGGAGCCUCUCUUCAAAUUGCUUAUGAAGUUCCUACCUCAACUUCUGUCCUUCCUCCAAAACAGGAAGAAGAAGCAAAGAUCCUGCUGGCUGAAUUCAACCUGGGCUGUGAUGUGCAACAUACUGAACACGUGUAUAGGGUUUAUGUCACAACCUUCCUGGGUUUUGGGGGUAACUUUGCUCGGCAGCGCUAUGAAGACCUUGUGCUAAAUGAAACCCUUACCAAAAAUAGGUUGCUGGGCCAGAAGAUCGGUCUGAGUCCGGAUAGUCCAUUUCUGGAUCCCUGCCUGCCCGUGGGCCUCACAGAUGUGGUGGAGAGGAACAGCCAGGUGCUGCACAUCCGAGGAAGGGGAGACUGGGCGUCCUGCGGGGCAAUGCUGAGCCCCCUGCUGGCUCGCUCCAACACCAGCCAGGCCUCGCUGAAUGGCAUCUACCAGUCGCCAAUUGACUUCAACAACAGUGAAUUCUAUGGUUUCUCUGAGUUUUUUUACUGUACAGAGGAUGUGUUACGCAUUGGUGGCCGCUAUCACGGGCCAACAUUUGCCAAGGCUGCCCAGGAUUACUGUGGCAUGGCCUGGUCAGUACUAACCCAGAGAUUCAAGAAUGGCCUCUUUUCAUCUCACGCAGAUGAACAUCGACUCAAAUAUCAGUGUUUUAAAUCGGCUUGGAUGUACCAAGUCCUUCAUGAAGGAUUCCAUUUUCCCUAUGACUACCCGCACCUGCGGACAGCCCAGCUGGUAUAUGACAGAGAGGUUCAGUGGACACUGGGAGCCAUUCUGUAUAAAACACGAUUCUUACCACUCAGGGAUCUACGGCAAGAAGGUAUCCGGCAGGCCCAUGGCAGCUGGUUCCGCCUCUCCUUUGUCUACAACCACUAUCUCUUCUUCGCCUGCAUCCUGGUGGUGCUAUUGGCCAUCAUCCUGUACCUUCUGCGUCUGCGCCGAAUUCACCACCGACAAACUCGACCCUCAGCUCCACUGGACUUGCUGUGGAUUGAGGAGGUGGUGCCCAUGAUUGGGGUACAGGUAGGGCCGUGAGGCCAGACAAAGACUGGGGAAGCCCAAGUACCCCAGAAUGCUGCCUAUUGAAUUCCAUCACUUUGUUUUGGCCUCAGAUGCUGCUUUGCCUGACCUUGGGAUAUUUGACCUUGGAAUUUCUACCAUAAUAUCUACUUUAAUUCCUUUUCAUUAUCUAGGUCCUCUUCUCUGAGAGAAGCUAUAAUUUAGUCUGUGAAGAACUAAGUAAUGAGAGUUUGGUGCUAACAAAGAGGACCAAUCUUAGUCCAGUGGAAGCAUGCUUCUACCCCUUUAUCUGAGAGGUCUGGUGUGUUUCUGGCAUCUAGACUUUUCUCCCCUUGCUAAAGCAUGAAGUUUGGCAUUGGGCAGACUGGAAGCCUGGUUGUAACCAAACAGGAGCAUCUGAUACAAAGCCGAAGACAUUCCAGCAAGUGCAGCAGCUGCUUCUUUCUCUGUAACAGAGAUAUCAUUUAUGUGGACAUCCACACUCUUUAGUAGGGAUCCAAGAUAUUUGCAUUUCAGUGGAACAGAUGUGAGCUUCCAGGCAAACAAAAUAACAUCGUUUCUUUGCUUACUUGACAAAGAAGCCAUUAUGAGUGUGGUCUGAGAUCCCUGACAUAAUAUUGCUGAUGUUAAUUAAUUAGUAUGUGAUUUUAAAAGGUUAGAACCCUUUCUAAGUGAGUGGUAAGUUGAAGACUUCGACAGUAUCUUAUGUGAUAGCUGGUAUGACCAGGAUAGAAAAUGUUUCUGUGUCUAUGCGCUUCACCAGCUGUUUGGGCAUUAAUUUUUCUUUUCAAGCCUUACGUGUGCUUGUAGGAUGGAGAAACUGAUGGGAUCGGAGAUCUGGGUUUGUCUGGUUUUAAGUCACUGUCUCUAGGCCUAUUUUUAUGAGCCACUUUAUAGGAAAAUUCUAAAAGAGUUCUUUUAUUUCACUAAGAUCAAUACAUAGUUCAGAGAGGGGUAUAUUUGGGUUGUUUUUAAAGAAGGAAAGAACAGUGUCAGUAGAGUGGGCAACGGCAAUAAAAUCCAAGCUCUUAUUUAUUAAUGUUUUCCUGAGAAAUAGAAAUUUUCUCAGUUUGACUCUUGGAAUGUCUGAAAAGAAGCAAAUUCUAAACUUGGGAAUAAAUAGGUAAAUCUGUUAAUAAGCCACCUGGAAACUUUCAGAACCUUUGUUAAGAGAUUGCUCAGUCACAGACUGCGCUUCCAUUAAGGAGUAGAGAAGAGAAGCCAUUUGAUUACAUUUUCAUUCACUGUCUUUUAGGAGCUCUGUUCUGCCAGUACAUUUAAUUUGCACCUUCCCCUGUGGGAUCUUUCUCAUGCUUUACCCUUUCCUACAUGUAGCCUUAAAUGUCCUUCCCAAGAAUAUGCUCCCAGACUUGAAGUAGCUUUUUUUCUUUUUUUGUCACUUUAUUUUUAGGGUUAGAUGAGUACAGGAAAUGAUCCUGACUUUAGUGGGGAAAAAAGUAGAAUUAUUAAAAUAUAAAUUCCAUAGUGGGAUCAGAAAGGAAUUAAAUGCUUCAUAAAAUAGAGAAAAAGAAAUCAAGAUCUUCCUAGAGAUAAAAUAAGUAUCCUUACUCUUAGUUGGCAGGCGAAAAGAUGAGGAGUCUUAAAUUGUUUUCAAAUUAAAUCAAAAUGUAUCUAGCAAAGAAUCUUAUAGCUCUCUCUGGAAAUAUUUUUACUUUUCAUGAGGGUUUCAUGUCACAGCAAUUUCCUUUCAUCUUUAAGACUUCUAAAUUGCCUUGAUUUUAACUCCUUACCUUCGUGUCACUGUGAGUGAGCCCUCGCCUUAUGAGUACUGCCUAUAAAUAAUGUCAGAAUAUGUUUUUUGCUAGCCAGUGCCUCCUCCGGUACUCUUACUUUUUCAUCAUCUUGGUUUCCAAGUGAGAUCUGGUCACGAUCUGGCCAAAAGCUGUCUAAUCGGCUAAUAGUGAUCACAUUUGUGUGCUCAAAAUGAAGAUGAAGCAGGGAGGAGGUGGUGGUGAGUCCAGUUUGAAAGCUCUUAUUAAUGAAGUUAUUCUUCCUUCUGGUUAUAAUAAUGAUAGCUGCCAUUUUUUAAGCUUUUACUGUGUACCAUACACUCUUAUGAAUUUUAUGUAUGUUAUUUAAUCAUUAUGACAGCCUUUCAGAUGGAUAUUACUUUUUGUUUUUUUAUAAUUUUAUAAAGAAAACUCAGGAUAUCCUAUGCUUAUCAUUUUUUUCAUGUAAAUGUAUUUCUUAUUUUUAAUUUAUUUUAAUUGGCUUCUGAGUUAUUGUGUUUAGUGUAUUAUGUCUUGUUUAUUAUUUUAAUACUAUAGGAUCUAGGCUUGGCUUUGUUACUGUAUGAUUUUUCAGAGUUCUUUGUAUCAGGAGGACAAAUUCUUAUCAUACUCCUUAGAAAAACUGAAUAUUUGCUAUUAGUAUUGGUUCCUGUGCUGCUUUCAUUACUCCCAGUUAACAAUUUUAAAUGAAAUCUCAUUAAGCUAGAAACAGAGGCCACUUAUUCUUUGAAGGCCAAUUACUUAUAUAUAUUGCUUUCUCAUAAUUGUCUUAUAAAUGGAAUCAAUUUUGCCUUUUAGCUCUUAGUUUUUAAAGAUUUUUUAAAGAUCUGUGUUUGUAUUUCUGUGUUUUCAGUGGUUUCCCUAUAAUUAUAGUUUCAUUGAAUUCACAUGCCAGCAGUUCCUUUGAAUCUUAACCAGCCAGUCUUCUUGAUAACAGCAAAAUGAAUGUGAACUGUUUUUGUACUUCUAUCAUUAACGAGACAGGUCACAAAUGUCAAAAUCAGAGUCAGAUAAGAGGUGAUGCUUUUAUUAGUCUUACUAUGGCACAACCCAUCACUUUUUCUGAAUUCUUGUCACUAGAACAUAAUGAAAAUAUGUAUAAUACCCACGUAUAUGGCAUUAUGUUGACUUAAGUUGCAGUUAACUCUAGGUCAAAUUAUACUGUCUUUGUCUCUGUACCUUAGCUCCUUGGAUUGAUUUUCCUUGGUGCAGGGGAUUUAGUCACUUUCCAAUAGCCUUGUCAUAAUCUUUCAUGUUAUCUAAAGCAUUCCACCUCCCCUUCCCUCAGCCUGACAGCUUUCUUUAACUUCAAAGGCCUUGGGCAGUGAUUAUUAAUAAUGUGGUUGAUUGAGUCUGUCAUGCACUUGCUAAACUAAUCUUUUCAGGGAUUAACAUUUAGUAUCACAUCCAUAUUUGUUGUUGUUGAGAUGUAGGUGACAUAUAACAUCGUAUUGGCUUCAGGUGUACAACACAAUGACUUGAUAUUUAUAUACACUACAAAAUGAUCACCACAAUGAGUCUAGUUUUCCCCAUCACCAUAUAAAAUUAAAGUAACAUGCAACUCGGUGUUAUUGACUGUAGUCACCAUGUUGAACAUUACAACCCAUGACGUGACUUAUUUUAUGACCCCUUCUUCUGUCUUGCCCACCCUCCCUGCUCCCCUGCACUCUGGCAACCACCAAUCUGUUCUCUGAUCUGAGUUUUGUUUCUUCUUUUGUGUUUUAGAUUCUACAUAUAAGUGAAAUCAUACAUUUGUCUUUCUCUGACUUAUUUCACUUAGCGUAAUACCACAGGGUCCAUCCAUGUCACAGAUGACAAGAUUUCAUUCUUUUUCGAGACUGAAGUCAUAUUCUUUUGUGCGUGUGUCAGGGUGGAGGGGAGUUGUGUACAUCUUGUGUAUCUGCUCAUCCAUCAAUGGGCACUUUGGUUGUUUCCUUUUCUUGGCUGUUGUGAAUAAUGCUGCAGUGAACAUAGGGGUGCAUAUGCCUUUUUUAAUUAGUGCUUUCAUUUUCUUCAGAUAAAUACCUGGAAGUAGACUUGCUGGACCAUAUGGUAGUUACAUUUUUAGUUUUUUGAGGGACCGCCAUAUUGCCUUCCAUUAUGGCUGCACCAAUUUAUAUUCACAAUAGUACCCAAUAGCUCCCUUUUCUCUACAUCCUCACCAAUACUUGUUAUUUCUUAUCUUUUUGGUAAUAGCCAUCCUGACAGAUGUGAGAUUAUAUAUCUCAUGGUUUUGAGAUACAUUUCUCUGGUAGUUACUGAUGCUGAGAGCAUGUUUUCAUGUGCCUGUUGGCCAUCUGUAUGUCUUUAGAAAAGUAUCUCUUUAGGUUCUCUGCCCAUUUUUAAAUUAGAUUUUAAAUUAUAUUGAGUUAUAUAGUUCUUUUUAUAAUUUGGAUAUUUAAUCCUUUACCAGAUUAGUGAUUUGUGAAUAUCUUCUCCCAUUCAGUAGGUUGCCGUUUUAUUUUGCUGAUGGUUUCCUUUGCUGUACAGAAGCUUUUUAGUUUGAUACAGUUUCAUUUAUUUUGGUUUUUAUUGCCAUUGCCAUUGGAGUCAGAUCUAAAAAAAAUAUCGCCAAGAGUGAUGUCAGGAAGCUUAUUGCCUAUGUUUUCUUCUAGGAGUUUCAUGGCUUAUAUUAUAUUCAAGUUUAUAUUCAAGUUUUUAAUCCAUUUUGAGUUAAUUUUUGUGUAUGGUGUAAGAUAGUGGUCCAGUUUCAUUCUUUUCCAUGUGGUUCUUCAGUUUUCCCAGCACCAUUUUUUGAAGAGACUAUCUUUUCCCCACUGCGUAUUCUUGCCUCCUUUGUUGUAAAUUCAUGGAUCAUAAAUGCAAGGGUUUAUUUCUGGGCUUUCUAUUCUGUUCCAUUGAUCUAUGUUGUCUGUUUUUAUGCCAAUUACAUACUGUUUUAGUUACUAUAGCUUUGUAAUAUAGUUUGAAAUCAGGGAGCAUGAUGCUUUCACAUCCAUAUUUACAUUUUUGAAAUAAAAUAACUUCUAUUUCUUUUUUUUUUUCUUUUCUUAAUGUUAGUCACCAUAUGGCACUUAGUUAGCUUUUGAUGUAGUUUUCCAUGAUUCACUGUUUACGUAUAACACUCAGUGCUCCAUGCAAUACCUGCCCUCCUUCAUACCCAUCACCGGGCUAACCCAUCCCCCCAUCCCUGUUUGUUUCCCGGAGUCCAUAGUCUCUCAUGGUUCAUCUUCCCCUCUGAUUCCCCCCCUUCAUUUUUCCUUUCCUUCUAGUGACCUCCAUGCUAUUCCUUAUGUUCCACAUAGAAGUGAAACCAUAUAAUUGUCUUUCUCUGCUUGACUUAUUUCAUUUUGCAUAAUCCCCUUCAGUUCUAUAACUUCUGUUUCUCACUGGAAUCAUCUAAAUAGUUGCUCUCCCACCCUCAUUCCUAUGCUUUUGUUUUGCUUCUUGUCAGCAGUGAAAGACAAGUGGGUGGUAUGACCUAGGGGAAAGAAGACUGGCGUCAGGAACAGCAGACUUGGUUUCUUGUCCUGGCUUUGUCGUUGACUAGCUCUGGUAUUCCAGGCAAGUCACUUACCCUCUCUGGUUCAUUUCUCAUCUGUAAAACAAGGUGGCUAGACAAGAUGCUCUGAGGCUGGUUCCAGAGGGACUAAGGGACUAACCAUUGGCCUAAGGAGCUUAAAGGUGAGGGAAAAUGGAGGAAAGUGAUAGAGUUUUAGGAAGUGGAUUUUGGUCUUUGUUUUGAAAGGCCAGGUUGCCCAAGGGAGCAAGUGGUCAUCUCCUACUUUAUCCAUUGUCCCUGACAUUAAGGUUGAUGGGAAUGGAGUUUCCAACAGCAAUCACUAUAUGUAAAUUUCAGAAGAUGAGAUUUCUACAACUGGGAUUUUAGAGGUCCAUCUUCUGUUAACCCCCUUGGUUUUAUGGAUGAUGAAAUUGAGGCCGAGAGCAUUGCUAAUAUGUGCAAAGUCACUGUGCGUGGCCUCCUGGAUUCUGUUUUCUCUGUUCUCUGUACUAUGGAUACAUACCUUUGACAGCUGCAAUUAAAUUCUCAUUGAGAGAAUCUUCCUGUAAGAUUAUGUAUUUCAACAGAAUCUAUUCUUUAUAAUAGAGCUGACUGCAAGUAGCCAGGCCUAAUCUUUACAAUUGCUUCUGAUCUUCAUUUGUGAUUGCUCUGCUCACAUUCAGAAAUAAAAUAUGAAAGAAAUACUUCAUUAAAGGGGCAACUGGGUGGCUCAGUGGGUUAAACCUCUACCUUCGGUUCAGGUCAUGAUCCUGGGGUCCUGGGAUUGAGCCCCUCAUCGGGCUCUUGCUCAGCAGGGAGCCUGCUCCCCCCACUCCCCGCCUGCCUCUCUGCCUACUUGUGAUCUCUGUCUGUCAAAUAAAUAAAUAAAAUAUUAAAAAAAAAAAGAAGUACUUCGUUAGAAAUAGCACUAAGUUGUGACUACAUUUAUUCUACCUUCUAUAUUUCUUUUAAUACUUUUACAUUUUAGAUGUUUCUUUUAAACAAUUUGCUUAAUUUUGUACAAUUUUCUUAACCACAGCAACUAAGCAAUUCAUCUGAUGGUUAGAAUUGAUAUUAUUUAAGGUGUAAAUGCCAAUCAGAUCUACCUCAUUAAUGAACUUGGCUGUAAUUCUUGGGCAGUUCUCAUAUUCCCUUACAGAAAUAAAAUGCUAUUGCUUUCUGUGGUCUUUAAACUUCUUUUCAUACUAAUUCAGAACUAGUAUCUAAUUUCCCUAUAUGCUGUGGUAUGUGAUGUCCCUUCAUUUGGGAUCAAGAAUUAAGGUAGAUUGGCCACAGAUCCUUCAGAUUCUCCCAGAUGAGCGGCUUAGGUCGUGUGUAGUUUCAGAGUCUGGCCACUAGGGCCACAUGCGAGGAUUUGGUUGGUGUUAACAAAAAAUACUUACUAAAAAACCAGGACUCUUUUAUUAUAUACUAACAGAUUUCCCGUGUAUUAUUACAUAAGUGCUUCCCAUUUACUCUAAUUCAUUAUUUCCAGUUUGUCAGUGCCAUUAUUAGAGGGACAGAGGAGGUCAACAUCUGUUGACCAUUUUGUUUAUCUGAAAGUCUGAGCACUAAGAAGAGCCUUUUAUUUGUAAAAUCGAGUCAUUACUCAGACUAUAAGGACUUUUUACUUUAAAAGUGUAUUUAGUCAUGGCCUGCCAUUUUUAUAAAAACCAAAGUCAAAAAAUGUUCUGAGUCACAGGAUGUUUAUAACCAUGCCUGCCUGCUCCUGAGCCUCUCCUUUUUAAGUAGUGCCUGGGCUCACAGCCCCCCUGGCGGUCUACCACUCUGUUUCUCCAGUAUUAAGGUAGCCCUGCUGCUUUCCCGAGGAGCCCCUCCUGCAGAGGACGUUCCCGAGUUUGGCCUGUUAAAACUGAUAGUGGUGCAGGCUCUGUACCUUAUUAGCUUCAUAACUUUCUCUGCAGGCAAGGAUCCUAGAUGAACACUCUGAUUUUUGGUAUUGCUGUCAUUAUGUUGUGUUUGAAAUUCUCAUUCCGCGGUUCUCCUUUUGUGACGUGUAUGUGUGACGUGUGAAGCCCUGACGUGUAUGCCUUGUCUCCUCCAUUGCUUCUGCCUUCAACAAUGAACUCCGCAGUGUUGCGAGGCAUUUAUUAUGACCCACAGCCAGAGAGUCCCUUCUUGCUUCAAAGAAACCAAAGGCUGCCUGUACUGCAUCACUUUGAGGGGUUGCUAAGACUGUAUGUUUUUCUAAUGCUUCACAUUAAGUAAUUUUGCUCAAUAGUUCUUAAAAUUCUGUUAAAUACUGUUAAACCAGUGUCGUACAAAAGUGCAAUGCGUAUUAGAGAGAGAUGCAUUGUCCCUCAUUCUGGGACAUGGGUAUAUGUGUUACAUAAGCCAAUAUGGAACCCACCAUUCAUUCCAGAACUGGAAGGAAUGCUACAGAUUGGCUGAUUAUCCUGACGUCCUGAGCAUCACUCCAGGCAAUAGCUAAUCAAUACCUCUUCUACAGUGGACAACAUUUGGUCAGUGUAAGUUAAAGACAAAAAAUUCUGGACUGAUUUAAAAAAGCCUGGUGUUUUAAUUUCCUUUGAUGUUUCAAAAACUGACAGAAUUAUUGACCGACUUAAAAAUAUUAAGGGAAAUUCAUUUAAUCUUCUAGAUAUAUGAUGACUUAUUUUGAAGGAAGUAUCUGGGACCUCAGUCUGUAAUUGUUCAUUUUCCAUUCACUCAUGCAGUAUUUGGUCUAUGUCUGAAGCUAGGAAUAAUGCAAACAUAAUAAUUCAGAUAAUCUUCAUCCACCAAGAGCUCAUAGAUAGGCACACUACAGUUAUAUAGCUAAAUGCAAUCAAAAUUUGUUUUUCCAAACUUACCUAUCUGUAAUAAAAGAAAAAUGAAGUAAAACAUUUGGAACUUGAACUUA